UUAUAUCAUUUGUGACAAUUUACACAAAAUUUUGCUCUGCGUAAUGGGGAUCGAAUCAACAUACGAAAUUCACCAAAACGCUUACAUCAAGCUAGUCCUCCAUGCAUCAAAGCACAAAACUUCCGCCGUCAACGGCGUCCUCCUCGGCCGUAUCUCCGGCGACUCCGCCGUCGUAGAAAUUGUGGAGUCCGUUCCAUUGUUCCACUCCCAAAUUGGCGUCCUUCCUCCUCUCGAAAUUGCCCUAAUUAUGAUUGAGGAGUAUUAUUGUGAUAAAGGUUUAAGUGUUGUUGGUUACUUUCAUGCCAAUGAGAGAUUUGAUGAUUCCGAGCUAGGAAGUGUUGCUAAGAAUAUUGCAGACCAUAUCUACAAAUAUUUCCCUCAAGCUGCUGUGCUCCUGCUGGAUAACAAGAAGUUUGAAACUUUAUCAAAAGAGGGGAAAGACAGGAGUCCUGUAAUGCAGCUUUACACCAAGGAUACAUCUAGGAGCUGGAAACUAGUGGGAUCAGAUGGAAGCAGCCGUUUGAAAAUUAAACAGCCAUCAGCAAAUGUCAUCCUUCUAGAUUUCAUUUCAUCGGGGAAAUGGAAGGAUAUUAUAGAUUUCGAUGACCACCUUGAUGACAUUAGCAAGGACUGGGUGAACACAGAGCUCUUCAAUUGAAGCUGCUUAUGUAUAUCUCAUGUUGUUUCUGUCUCUGAAGGGAAAUGAUUCAUCACUUUGGUUAUAACAUUGUGAUCCAAUAGACGGUAGCCUGCUGGUUAUGCUCUCAAGAAAAGGUGAUACAUUUGUCAAAAGUGCUUUCAAUCUUUCAGAAAGACUCUCGAUAUAUAACAUGUUCUCCAGCUUAUUGAUAUUUACCCUGUGCCUCCAAUUUUCCAUGAAAUACAAGUAAGCAGAGUGGUCUAGAUUUUGCUCCACGUUUAUUUUGAUCCCCCUUGUGUAGUUUCAUGCACAUCAUUUUACUUCCCAAUCCAACUUGUUGGAACUGAGGCAUCGCAUGACCAGAAGAAUUGGGUGAAAUAAGUGAAUUUAUCUAGUUGAGGCAUUCUUGAUUGAUUGAGACAAAAAAAUUCCCUCAAUACAGCUUCACUCCGUCAAGCCUGUACGAGUAGUUGUUUUACUUAGUGUAAUGAGGGAGGAGAAUAGCAAAUUCUCAAAGUUUUAGCAAGUCCAUACUGACUAAUGGUUGUGUUUCUCUAAAUGCCAUUUAGUUGCCACAGCCCUCAAAAGAUGAAGGGUUUGUUUUUAAAGUUCGUACCCUAUAUUUUUUAUUAAGGAUUGAAAGAAUAUUUGCCAUGA